UGCAAUAGGUAUAUGUAUAAAGAAAAUUACAAGCCCACAUGUUAAACCUUCCGAAAGCUUGUUUCAUUUUUAUGUCUUCUUUCUUUUGGUAAAUAUAAAGAGGAAGAAAAUGUUUGGUACAAGCGGAUAAAACUCUGGAUAUUGUUCUGUGGUUCUGAGAGAGGUAGCCCAACAUGUAAAAAAGAAUAGCAGACAAGAGUGAUGGGCUGUACAGGCCGGCCGGAGAACAAGGGGUGGGUGGUGUGAUGGCACGGCCAUGCGGUGGUGGUUCGUUUCUUUAUGCAGUAAAUACCAAUACGACAUCACAUGUAUGUCUUUUGCGUGUGUGCUUGAUACAUUUUAGGUUCAGCACGAGGAGGCGGAGGCUCGACCGGCCGCAGCUAUUGGGAGUAUAUCCCGGUGCGUUGUGGUUGUGGCUGUGGCUGUGGCUGUGGCUGUGAGUCGAGGCCUCUAAAGGAACAGUUGGCGUUUCUCUUCUCUUCAAAUUCAUGGAUCAUGUGGCACCACCGAGAACCAGCACAAGCUCCUCCGGGUCCGGCUUCCUCUUGUCAAAACUGUGCAAGCGGCGAUCCGUCACCGUAUCGUCCUACAACGACAACCCAAAACCUAACUACCGCUCUUCCAGUGCCGAUGCUGGCACUGGCACUGGCAAUGGCCCCGAUGAUAACCGAGAUGGUAAAGUGCAUCCCCAGCCACUGGAGGAGCCUCUGACUAGAGUCUCCAAGUGCUCAGAAGAAGCUGUGAUCUUGAAGCUAUUCGAUGCCAUUACUGCCCUCAAGUGUGCUUAUGUGCAGCUGCAGCAGGCCCAUCUUCCUUACGAACCCAAGAAGAUCAAGAUGGCGGAUGAUGUCAUGGUGUCUCUGCUGGGGACCCUAUCUAGUCUCCAGGAAGCUUACAGCUCUCGAUCUGCGCUUCACUCGCAGAUUCAGGACUGUCAGGGUGUGUUGGCACAGUUGCAAUCCAAAGCGCGCAUCAAGGAUUCCGAAAUCCGUCGACUGAGGUGGGAAAUGGAGGAGUUGGAAACAGAAAACGCAGCGGUGGAGAAGAUAGUUAGGCAAACAGAGAAGGUGGCGCUCUUCUAUCCUAACUGGGAGGCGACACCCGCUCUGUUUUCCCGUGUCUGCAGAUCCACUGCGAGAUCCUUUCACGACUUUGCAAAGCCACUUAUUAGCUUGAUGAAAGCUUCGGGGUGGGACCUGGAUCGCGCCGUCAGUUCGCUCGACGAGUCUCUUUUUUUCGCUCAGAGGGCGCACAAGAAGUAUGCGUUGGAAGCAUAUCUGUGUCGGGUAAUGCUCGGCAGGACAGCUGAGGAUGAAAGCGAUCAUGGGUUGAGCAUGAAUCAGUUGGAUCGAGUGAUGACUUCUCAGGAACCUUUUGAUGCCGUGAUGGAGGAUCCUAAUGGUUGGUUUGGUAAAUAUUGCCGAGCAAAGUACGCCCUGGCGGUGCCAUCCAAGAUGGAGCGCUCCUUCUUUGGGAAUCUGGACCAGAGGUCAUUUGUCAUGAGCGGGGGGCAUCCGAGGACUCCAUUUUAUGAGGCAUUUGUGAGGAUGGCCAGAUGGGCUUGGGCGUUGCAGGUGAUGGCCAACUCCUUUAUUCCAAAGGCGGAGAUGUUCUAUGCCAAGAAAGGCCAUGACUUCUCCAAGGAUUUUAUGGAGAGUGUAGCCGAUGGAGUGAUCUGCGAGGAGGAGGGAGGGGAGACGCUUGAAGUUGGAUUUACGGUGACGCCAGGCUUCCGAAUCGGCAGCACCAUCGUGCGCUGCCGGGUCUAUCCGUGCAGGAUGGCGUCUUCCAUCGACGCUUCAGCGCGUGUGCUUUAAACUAGUUUUAUAUAUAUAUCAAGUGUGUGUGUGUGUGUGUGUGUGUGUGUGUGUGUGAUCUUUUUCUGCUUUCUAACUUGCAGAAGCGGCAACUAUAUAUGAUCGUACGUGUCAGCUCAUACUAUUUAUAUAUUUAUAUUUGCAACACUACUCUUUA